GAAUAUCCGGGGCGGUGCGGCUGGCGGUGCAGAAGUGCAGCGGGCGGCUGGUAGCUGUGAAGACACUGCAGCUGAGCUGUCUAGACACCGCAGCAAUUCGUUUGCUGUCGAACGAAGUUGCGGUGUAUCUACAGCUGGAUCACCCGAACAUUGCGAAGUUGUUGGACGUUUUUGCUGACAAACCUUUCCUGGAAGCAGCAGCAGCAGCAGCAGCAGCAGCGGGCGCUGCGGCGACGGCAGCAGCAGCGGGCAAAAACGGCAAGCGCAAGCUCCCGCCACAGGCCGCCCGCUACUGCAGCAGCGGCCGUCGGCAGGCACCCCAGCACCAGCAGCAACAGCAGCAACAGCAGCAGCAGCAGCGACAGCAGCAGCAGCAGCAACACCAGCUGCUGCCAGCGCCAGCUCCCCAGCACCGCCACCAGCAGCCGCAGCAGCCCCCACCCCGCAGCCACCACCCCUACCACCAGCAGCAGCAGCAGCAGCAGCAGCAGCAGCAGCAGCAGCAGCAGCAGCAGCAGCUUCGGCUGGUAAUGGAGCUUUGCACGGGAAAAGAACUUUAUGAAAGACUUUUUCAAAAGAGAAAAUACCCCGAAAGAGAAGCAGCAAAAGCAGCAGCACAAAUGCUAGCAGCAAUUAACUACUGCCACCAGCACUCCAUUUGCCACAGAGACCUCAAGCUGGAGAACUGGGUUUAUCUGGAUGAACGAGAAGACGCGCCACUCAAGCUG